AUGUCUCAGGUUAACCCGGGUGAUACAAGACUAGUGUGGUUUACCCGGGUAAUACAAGACUAGUCAUAUUAACCUGAGUUAUACAGUCAGGUCACACUAACUGUAAUGUCCAGCUGGUUACGCGAACGUAUCAUGGAGCCACGUGGAUAACAAUCAGUCAUCCUUCUGAAACUGUUGAGACAUGUUGGGACUAGUCGGGGCUAGUCGGUUCUAGGGUUGGCGAAGAGGAGCUAGGCUAGGAGGAGCUAGGCUAGGCGGAGCUAGGCUAGGCUAGGCUAGGUCGAGCUAGGCUACGCGGAGUUAGGCUAGGCGGGUCCAAACUGCUGGUCUAGUCCUGACAUGUUGAAGAGAGGUGUGUAUAAGACUAGCUCAGCUGGGAGGUCUUGUUGCACUUUAUGUACAGAGCAUGUAUUCACUAGACAUCAAGAUGUCAGGUGACAGCUGUGACAAGUCUGUCCAGGACAGCAAACUGGUGAGACCCUCAGCUGAGUUCCAGUCCCUCCUCCUAUUGGCUGGAGCCUCUAAAGACCUCUUCACCAUGAAGGAGGUCAUGUAUUACCUCGGUCAGUACAUCAUGCAGAAGGAACUUUUUGACAAGACUGAGCAGCACAUCGUCCACUGCUCCCAUGAUGCACUUGGGAAGGUCCUCGGAGUCCACAGCUUCUCCGUCAAAGAGCCACGAAUUUUGUUUUCUUUAAUUACCAAGAAUCUUGUUGCAGUUAUGAGUAACGAGUCAUCUCCAGAAGUCUCCCAACAAUGCACAGUUAAGACAGAGGAGGAGUCGGUGUCUCCUGGCUCCAGCAGGAGGCGCAGGAGGAGGAGCAGGAGGAGCAGUGAGCCGGGUCCGUCGUGCUCCAAAGAGGAGGAGGAGGAGGAGGAGGAGCAGGAGGACGACCAGGAUGAGGACCAGGAGGGAGGGAGGAAGAGGAGGCGCUCUGAUAGCUUCUCUCUGACCUUCGAUGACAGCUUGUCCUGGUGUGUGAUUGGUGGACUCAGAAAUGACACCGACUGCCAGGGCCAAUCCGCUGACACAAACAGUACGGUGAGUGAUCACUUCAGUGUGGAGUUUGAAGUUGAGUCUCUGGACUCAGACGACUACAGUGAUGAAGAAACGUCGUUAUCUGGGGACGACCAGGUGUAUGAGGUGACCAUCAUCGAAGCAGAGGAAGACUCUUCUGAUGAAGAUCCUGAGAUUACAAAGGAUGACUACUGGAGAUGCUCUAAUUGUGAGGAGUUGAACCCUCCGUUGCCUAGGAACUGUAACCGCUGCUGGAAGCUGCGUCAGGAUUGGCUCCCUGAGCUGUCUGUCAGCAGAGCAAACUCUGCCUCCCCUGAUCACAAAGUCAUGCCCACCAAACCCUCUGUGGACCAAUCAGUUGCCGACCAAAACUCCUCUCCAGGUAACACAACCCCCCUGUCCAAGGUAGGACUAACCCCUGUCCAGGUAGGACUAACCCCUGUCCAGUGUCCAGGUAGGACUAACCCCUGUCCAGGUAGGACUAGCCCCUGUCCAGGUAGGACUAACCCCUGUCCAGGUAGGACUAACCCCUGUCCAGGUAGGACUAACCCCUGUCCAGGUAGGACUAGCCCCUGUCCAGGUAGGACUAGCCCCUGUCCAGGUAGGACUAACCCCUGUCCAGGUAGGACUAACCCCUGUCCAGGUAGGACUAACCCCUGCCUCUCGUCCUCAGGACCAGAGGACGAUGUGGACGUUCCCGACGGAAAGCGGAGCCACUCCCCCCGAGCCCCCUCCUCCCCCCGGCACCCCCCCUCUUCGGACCUCCUGGGCUCCACCCCCUCCCCCCCGCCCUGCGACCCCGCCCCCCCGCCCGACUCCAAGAGGACGGUCUCCACGGAGACGCGGCUGCCGGAGGCGUGCGUGGAGCCGUGUCUGAUCUGCCAGACGAGACCCAAGAACGGCUGCAUCGUCCACGGCCGCACCGGGCACCUCAUGGCCUGCUACCCCUGCGCCCGCAAGCUGAAGAGGAGGAACAAGCUGUGUCCGGUCUGCAGGGAGCCCAUCCAGAGUGUAGUCCUGACCUACCUGUGCUAGACCAGAGCAUAGUCCUGACCCACCGGAGUCAGACCUAACCCUGAGCCCCUAACCCUCUGCUCCUGACCUACCUUAGACCCCUUCCCCUCCAGGGUCUGGUCCUGACCUACCUUAGACCCCUCCCCCUCCAGGGUCUGGUCCUGACCUACCUUAGACCCCUCCCCCUCCAGGGUCUAGUCCUGACCUACCGUAGACCCCUCCCCCUCCAGGAUCUAGUCCUGACCUACCUUAGACCCCUCACCCUCCAGGGUCUAGUCCUGACCUACCUUAGACCCCUUGCCCUAACCAUACCCACCUAGUAACCCAGAAGGAUUUAAAGACGAGGUACUGGUCAGAACGCUGAACUGAUCACAAAGACAUAUUUCAUUUAUCGAAUCUGUACAGUAUAAAGUUUAAUAGAGUGAGCAGAAAAAUGUUUAUCUUGUAUUCACUGAAUAAAGUUUAUUCGAAGGCUAUCAAA